AUUCGGCGGGAGGUGGACGGAGCACCUGAUUUUAUCCGUCCUACUUGUCUUGGUGGGCUAAGCGAUCACGUCACGUCUAUGGGCGCCAUGGAAGUAUGGAACGCAUGCAAUGCUGGGUCUUUGUUUCAUGCAUCGCUCGUGCAACCCAAGCUAGGCUGGGGCGUGGCUACCGACCGGUGCUGAGGUCCACUGCCAGGCCUGGUUUUUCAGAAAAACGAACAGUUUAUCUUUGUCCAGCCAUCCUCGGUCGGUCCACAGGGCACGGUUGGAAAUUGGAGACUGGGAUGAGACGGGGGGGACCCCAGCUGUAAUCGCGCGCGCUUGCCGUCACGACUCGUCGCGGCUUCCAUUUAUCAGGGGAGGCCCUGCCGAGCGGGAGCGUCACCAAGUCACGCUCACGCGUUCCGACGACGACGACGCUCCUCUCCCUCCGGUUCUUGAGCCACUCCCGUCUCCGUGCUCCACUCACUACACCCACCCAGAGUGCGCACGAUACCACUGCACCAGAAAGAAACCAUGGACGCGGACGCACGCACCAGAAAGCCGGCGUCGCACUCCCUCCCGCCGGCGCCAGCGCUGUUCGCCGUCCGCGCGCGCUCCGUCCGGGUGGCCGACCUGGGCGCCGGCGCAGCGUUCUCGGGCCCGCCGGACACGCCGCCGCGCCGCUCGCUCGUCGCCGUGCCGUUCCUCUGGGAGGAGGCGCCCGGGAAGCCCAAGGAGGCGUCGCCAACGCUGGCCCCGUUCCCCAAGGCGACCACUCCGGCUCCGGCUCCGGCUGCUGCCAACGCUGGCCUCGUUCCCCAAGGCGAAACUGGCGGUGACCACCAGGACAGCAGCGGCCACGCGCGUCCGCUGCCGCUCAAGCUGCCCCCGCGGCUGCAGCUGGUGUCAGCGUCGUUCGCCGCGGGGGACACCCCGCUGUCGUCCCCCAAGACCGUGUUCCAGGGCCCCUACCGCGGCGGCGGCGGCAGGAGGACGCCGAGGUGGGUCCGGAGCGGCGGCGCUGCCCUCCGGCGGACGCCGAGUGCUGGCGCGGCACUCCUCUCUCGGACCUGGAGCAAGCGUAGGGCGGCCGGAAGCAACAAGAACAGACGCGGCAACCAUGAGCGCUACACGACGGCGGGUCCCGACGCCCCGUGGUGCUCGCCGGCGUCGUCGGACUCCUCGUCCUCCGUGUCCACCUGCUUCGGAGGGGACAAUCACGGUCGCGGGAGGCCCGCCGACGGGCGCGAGGUCUCCUCGGAGGAGGAGGACGGCUCCCCGAGGGUCUCGGUGAGGAUCACGAGGUUUAGGCUUAGGCGGAACCGGAGCCUCCCCAGCUUGACCACGUCUAACCUCUGGGCAGCCGCUGACUGGAUCGCUGGUGCCCUCCGCGUGCUCGCCAAGCCACAAUCGUCGGGCCCCAUGGCUGAUGAAGCCGUCGCAGACGAGGCAACGUGCCUUGCUGAAGCCGUUCGCCAACGUGCGCUCGCCCUCGACCAACACGAGGCCGAUCAUGCCACACUGUGGGCGCAAGCCACCGCCGUCCUCAAUAUCAAGGUGUUGAUCCCGGUUACCCUAGAUUCGAUUGCCAACAACUUCAACAAAUGGCGUGGCCUCUUCCUCGUGGUGCUGGGCAAGUACGCCCUAACUCGCCACGUCCUCUACGAUGAAGCCUUGUCAGACCGCCCUGUUUGGGUCCAAAUGGACUGCACAGUGUUGACGUGGAUCUAUGGCACCGUCUCCAACGACCUCCUUCAGUCCUUGAUGAUUCACUCAUUCAACGCUCGCGGCGCUUGGCGGUUCCUCGAGGAUGAGUUCCUUAAUCAUAGCGAGUCCCGUGCGCUACUGCUUGAGACUCAGUUUCGUAACCUCCGUCAAGGCUCUAUGUCCGUUGGGGAUUAUUGUCGCCGCCUUGAAACCAUGGCUGCCACCCUUGGUGAGUUCGGUGAUCCCAUCAGUGAUCGUCAGAUGGUUCUUACUCUCCUUCGCGGCCUUAACAGCAAAUUUCGGCACAUGGUGUCAAACCUAAAGAUGCAUCGCCCGUUCCCCACAUUCGCUGAGGCCCGUACUCACCUGCAACUAGAGGAGAUCGAUCUUGAUGCUGCACCACCAUCUCCAUCUGCGGCCAUGGUGGUCAACCCUCCGCCAUGCCCGACUAGUCCGGCUAGCCCCCCACCGUCGUGCCCGGCUGGUCCCUCCAAGCCCAAUGGUUCACGACACAAUUACAACAACAACCGUCGCCGUGGUCGUGGGAGCAAGUCCAGCGCUCAUGGCAGUUCUUCACCGUCUGCUCUAGGUGUUGCCACUGUGCCGCAUCCGUCCUUUGCCCACCCUUGGGUGGGCACAAUGCAGAUGUGGUCGUACGAUCGCGCCCCCGUGGUUGGCUCAUGUGCUCCUUCGGCGAUGGCUGCUGCACCACUAGGCACUGGGUUCCCUCCCUACGGCCACCUCGGACCCUACUAUGGGGGAGUGUCAGGCAGUCCACCUCUACAGCAGUUCGUGCCGGCUUCUCUACCAUCACAGGAGCAGAUGAUGUCAUCGCCACUGCACCCACAGCAGCUGUGGAACCCUAUGCAGGGUGGUUCAUGGGAUCAACCAUCCUUGGCUCACUCGUUCAGCACGAUGAUGUUGAACCCUCCUUCAGCACCUUCUGAGUCAAAUGACAACUCUGGUCAGGGCUCCCACAUGAUAUCGGAUGCUGGUACACUCUCUACUAUUUCUCCUCCUUCAUCCUGCAAUCCUUCAUCUAACACUAGUGGUUCUCAUUUCUUUAUCUCCACACCAUACUCUUAUUCUUAAUAAUGUUUAGUCAUUCCAAGCAUCAUUAAUAAUUUGUUUUCUAUUUGUUGUUUUACCACAGACAAUAAUUGUUCCAUCAAAUUUGACCCAUUUGUUCUUUAUGUGAAGGACAUGCAAACCAAGAACAUGAUUGCUAGGUGCAAUAGCUCUGGAGACCUUUAUCUGUUCUUCUUGCCCUCCACCAGCACCGCCACCCUUGUUGCAACCCCUGUCUUUGGCAUCAAUGUCGUCUCAGACACCUUGGUCGUGAAGCUUUGUCCAAGCUUAUUAGCUCUAAUGUCAUUUUGUGUAAUAAAGAUGAUCCCAAACAUCACUGUCGUGCUUGUCAGCUCGGGCGCCAUGUGCACUUGCCUUUUACUUCUUCUAGUUAUAGAGCUUCUAAUAAAUUUGACUUAAUACAUUGUGACCUCUCGACGACACAUUUUGCUAGAGUUUUGGGCUACAAGCACUGUCUUUUUAUACUUGAUGAUUGUUCACAUUAUACGUGGACCUUUGCGCCUCCCACCUCCUCUCACAUGGAUUUAUUGAGGCGAAGUCAUACACAUCAUUGUUGACCUAUCACAGGGGUUCUGAUGUGGUUUAUCUCCUGCUAUAUGUUGACCAUAUUGUUCUACUGCAUUGUCUACUCGCCUUCUCCAACAUAUUAUUGCAACACUUCAGCAAGAGUUCUCUAUGACUUAUAUGGGUCCAUUUCAUCACUUACUAGGAGUCUCUAUCACCCACCGAGAUGGACUUUCUCUCUCUUAGCGGCAGUACACACUUGAUAUUUUGCAGCUGGAGCAUGAUGUAUGAGUGCUUACAAGCUUAGCAGCAUUCUGUCGACAUCCACUCCAAAUUUUUACACGAUGGUCCACCUGUUGAUGACCUGACUCAGUAUCGUAGUCUCGUUGGUGCUCUACUAUAUUUGACAUUCAUGUGACCAGAUAUCGUGUUUGCAGUUAAACAGUUUUGCAUGUAUAUGCAUGAUCCCUAGGAACCUCACCUUGCCGGCGCAUCCGGUGCUAUCUCCAAGGCACUCUGUCACAUGGCUUAACUCUUCAUCGCUCGCCACUAGUGGAUCUUAUUGUCUAUUCUGAUGUCAGUUGGGCUAGUUGCCUUGAUACUCAUUGAUUGACAAAUGGCUAUGCAGUAUUCCUAGGUGACAGCUAGGUUUCCUAGUCCUCCAAGCGUCAAUAGAUUGUCUCUCAUUCUAGCACUGAGGCAAAAUAUUGGGUCAUCACGAAUGGUGUCAUCAAAGUUUUAUGGUUGCGUUAGCUUCUCGAUGAGCUUUGCCACCCUCUUCGUUGUGCUACAUUAGUUUAUUGCGACAACAUAAGUGUUGUCUACCUCUCCAACAAUUCGGUUUAGCACUAAUGUACCAAGCAUGUAGAGAUCAACCUGCACUUUGUUUGAGAUCACAUUGCUAUCGUUCAAGUCCACAUACUUCAUGUCCUGACAACAUCCUAAUAUACUGACAUCUUCACCAAGGGUCUCUCAACCUCUGCCUUCCAGGAGUUCUGAUCUAGCCUGAAUAUUCGUGAUGCUACCGCUCAGACUACAAGGGAGUGGUAGCAUUUAUAUCCUUUUGUAAUUGUGUAAUGUAUGGCUCUCCAUCUAGCUUAGCUUCUAUGUUUGCCUCUAUUGCUUCUACAUGCCUCUCUAACUUCUAGAGGCACUUAUACACAUAUAUCGUGAACCUCUUCUGAUAUAAUGUAAUUUACUCACCUCAAUGGUUAUACUUACGAGUGCCCUACAUUCCAAACAUGAAUCUGACCUUUUUAUUAGAGCAAACAAUGUGUAAUAUGACCAUAAAAACACCUCAUAACCAUCUAUCAUAGCAAUAUCACAAAUUCAACACUCAUUGAUAGCUAACCGCCAUGAUGGCAGCUAUUUCCCAACCAAACCCUGAACAUAUGUCCACUUCUUUUCACUCAUCUUCACUUUGUCAUGUCUACUAUGUUAAAAAUAUUAUGUUAGUGUGGAAGAAUUUGACUCGGCUUGAUAUAUACAUGGGCCGGUGCCCCUUAGGCCUAGGUCCACCCUGAACAUAUGCCCACUUUGUUUUCACUCAUCUUCACUCUGCCAUGUCUACUCUAUUGAAAAUUGUGUUAGAGUGUGCAGUAGAAUUCGACCCGGCUCGCUAUACACAUGGGUCGGCACCCCUCAGGCCUAGGUCCACCAGAGCCCACAACAUACUUAGACCUUGAGCCUAACUCAACCCAAAAGACUAGCCUGAUAGGUGAGGGUUGCUCUCGCCUUAAAUGUUAUGCUCUUUACCAUUAAUUAUUGAUGUGAGACUAAAUCUAACAACCUCCCCUGUCACACAUCGACCCAACUCUUCACAUCACACAAUCCAGUGUGAUCUUCGGAAGAUGUUAUCUAGACCUUGAGUCCAAUGCUCCGUAUGACACACAAUUCGUGUGACCUCAUAGGCACUAACGGGCUCUGCCGUUACCAUGUGGCUCUUGAGAUUUUCCAGGUUUUAUUGACCAUGGACUUUGAUACCACUUAUUAGAUUGCAUGACCGUCCUGGCUCGCUAUACCCACGAGCUGGCACUGCUCUCAGGCCUAGGUCCAGCAGAGCCCACAACAUACCAAGACCUUGGAUCUAACUUAACCUAAAAGAUUAGCCUCAUAGAUGAGGACUCCCCAUGCCUUAUAUGUUGUGCUCUCCACCAUUAAUUACUAAUGUGAUAGUAAACCUAACAAAUUGUAACAGUUUACAGACAGUUUAGCAUCAACAACCAAUCAAUUACAACAGUAUCUAAAAGGUAUAACCUAUAAAAGAAAAUCUGAAUCUAAAUUCAUACACACAUAUAUGUCAUAUUUACAAUAGUUUUUACUAGCGGUUGUUUAAAGAAAACGGCUAGUGAAAAUGUCAUAUUUACACAUGCGGCUGACUUACGAGAACCGCCAGUGUAACUAGUUUGUACAGGUGGUUUUAAAGCAAGUGCGCAUGUUUGUAACUCUACUGGCGCCUGCUCAUUUCAAACCGCCAGUAGAAAAAAGGAGUGCCGCUAGUAGAAAGCACCGGUGCACUAGUGUAUUAUACAUGAUAGGUACUUUCAAUGACUCUGGCUCGUUGAUGAAUUUUCAAAGAAAAGUGUUGGGUUGUUAUCUGUGUUCUAUCUAUAUCAAAUGAACUUGUUACUCUGAACUUUGACAAUCUUUGAUUUCUCCUUAGGUUCUUGUGUAAACAUUUUGUUCUUUCAAUGUCAUGAAAUGGACUUGUACGCUAGAAAAAAACAACACUAUUGCUCACAUAAUCAUGUCCAUUAUUUUGGUUGACAUAACAUUAAGGAUGGAGAUAGUGCUCCAAAUACAUACUCGUGGUUCUUCUUUAGUCUAACUUAAUAAACUAAAUGAAAAAAAUGAAGAAAAAAAUUGUCUAUUUAGUGCCUGUUUAGCAGGGCUCCUCACGAGGGGCUCUUUUAGGGGAGCCGGAGCCGUUUUGGUGAAGCCACUAAUUGUGGCUACGCCAAAACGGCUCUCCCUCUGCUUUUUACUCAAAAAUUGUUUCUCCAGAAAAAAGUUUGGCAGAACUCUUCUGGAGGAGGUAGAGCCGAAGCCUGAGAGGAGCCCUGCUAAACAGACCCUUAGUUCAUUAAAUUAGACUAAAGAAAAAUCAUAAAUAUCUAUUUAGAGUACCAUCUCCGUCCUUACAUAAUAUGACACAAAUGGAACU